AUGGCAAGUUUAAUGUUAAUGUUGGUUUCUCUUUCCCUCAUCAUCUUCAAUCUUAUCUUGCUCCCUCUCCCAUCAACCGUCAUCUCCUCCUGCAACGGUCGAUGCAAAACCCUCAACGACUGUGCUGGUCAGCUCAUAUGCAUCAAGGGCAAGUGCAACGACGACCCUGAUGUCGGGACCCACACAUGCCGCGGAGGUGGGGGCUCAUCCCCACCUGACAAUUGUAAGUCCUCGGGAACUUUCUAUUGUAAGGGGAAAUCAUACCUUAAAUACACAUGCUCCCCACCAGUGACGUCGUCCACGAAAGCCAAACUCACACUCAACAAUUCAGUGAAGGUGGGGAUGGAGGGGGUGCAUCGGAGUGUGACAAGCGAUUCCAUAACAACACUGAGCGGUUGUGGCACUGUCCACUGGGUGAUAAUAAGAAUUACGGCAAGUAAUGGGAAGAGUGUGACAGCGAGAGUGGUGGACGAAUGCGAUUCACGUAAUGGAUGUGAUGCAGAGCAUGCAGGGCUGCCGCCGUGUGGGAACAAUAUUGUUGAUGGCUCUGCGGCUGUGUGGAAUGCUUUGCAACUAAACCAGGAUUUGGGAGUUGUAGACGUUACUUGGUCCAUGGCCUAG